GCUCCCUGCGCUCCCCUCCGCGCCUCUCCGCCACUCCUCCGCAGUCACCCGCGCACCUCGGACGGCUGUCCCGGCGCGCCCGCGGAGGCCGCGAUGCUGCUGGAGCGGGUCCGCGCCGGUUCGGAGAAGUCAACGGAGCUCUGCCCCUUCCCGCGGAGCCCAGAGAUCCCGCUGUGCGCCGGCUGCAACCAGCACAUCGUGGACAGGUUCAUCCUCAAGGUCCUGGACCGACACUGGCACAGCAAGUGCCUGAAAUGCUCCGACUGCCAGACGCAGCUGGCCGAGAAGUGCUUCAGCCGCGGGGACGGCGUCUACUGCAAAGAGGACUUCUUCAAGCGCUUCGGGACGAAGUGUGCCGCCUGCCAGCAGGGCAUCCCCCCGACCCAGGUGGUGCGCCGGGCCCAGGACUUCGUUUACCACCUGCACUGCUUCGCCUGCAUCGUCUGCAAACGGCAGCUGGCCACCGGCGACGAGUUCUACCUCAUGGAGGACAGCAGGCUGGUCUGCAAGGCAGACUACGAGACGGCCAAGCAGAGAGAGGCUGAGUCCACGGCCAAGAGGCCCCGCACCACCAUCACGGCCAAGCAGCUGGAGACCCUCAAAAACGCUUACAACAACUCGCCCAAACCGGCGCGGCACGUCCGGGAGCAGCUUUCCUCGGAGACGGGGCUGGACAUGCGGGUGGUGCAGGUCUGGUUCCAGAACCGCAGGGCCAAGGAGAAAAGGCUGAAGAAGGACGCGGGGAGGCAGCGGUGGGGUCAGUACUUCAGGAACAUGAAACGAUCCCGGGGGACCUCCAAGUCCGACAAGGACAGCAUCCAGGAGGAGGGACCCGACAGCGAUGCCGAGGUCUCCUUCACAGAUGAGCCCUCAAUAUCUGAAAUGAGCCAUUCCAAUGGGAUUUACAGCAAUCUCAAUGAAGCGUCCCCUGCUCUGGGGAGACAGGCUGGGACCAACGGGAGCUUUGCUCUGGAUCACAGCGGCAUCCCAGCUCAGGACCAGUACCACGACCUGCGAUCCAACAGCCCCUACGGGAUACCCCAGUCACCAGCUUCCUUGCAAGCACUGCCAGGCCACCAGCCUUUAAUCUCCAGCUUGGUUUACCCAGACAACGGCUUGGGCAUCAUGGGACAAAGCGGACAAGGGGUGCCCCAGUCCAUGAGGGUCCUGGCCGGGAACGGUCCCAGCUCCGACCUCUCUACCGGCAGCAGCGGGGGAUACCCAGAUUUCCCUGCCAGCCCGGCCUCUUGGCUGGAUGAAGUCGACCACGCUCAAUUUUGAUACAGGGUCCGCCACCGUGCAGUGGGAAGGGAAAGGACUCGGUGCUGUUAAACAUCAUCUACUCUUGGAAAUGAAGGAGGGACAAACUGGGACUGCCGAGCGGGGCAGGAAAGCGUGACGACAUGGAGAGAGCGGACGUGCUUUCUUUCGGAGGGCGACCCAGCAGCCGGUUAGCAGAGGACGGUGGGCAAAGGCAGUUGCACCGCAGAGAUUAGCAUACGGAGCGUCCAAAAGAAACUGAUUAUUGUGUCUUUACUAAACACCAAGACUUGUGCUUUACAAAUUUGAUAUAAGGUAUUUUGCUUUCUGUUGUCAGUGCAUUCUCCAAAGCAAGGACUUGCUUCAUCACCCAUCCACACCGAAACCUUUUUAAGAGAAAAUAAAGUCCUCAUCCACGGUAAAAGGUGUGACAAUGUCUAUAUUUCUAUAGGAGAAAUGUUAAUAGUGAAUCACUUCAGAAAUCCAUGCUAGAAAACUUCUCUGUUCUUCCAGCAGAUUUUUUAAAAAGCGCACCGAUGUGGUAUGUUUUGUUUUAUUUCGAAUUUACAUUAACUUUUCUAAAAUGAAAUGCUCUUUAAUAUGCCAAUCAUUUAUCAACAACCCUUCUCCUUUGUAAAAUGAAAAUCACAUGUUAAUUCUGCCUCUCAUCUUUUUAAUUUGUAGAUUGCUAGUUUUAUUCUUCCAUAUAAGCAUUAAACCAUGAAUAGAUGUAUUUAUUACCAAAUAACUACACUUUUAUCACGAGGUCAAGAGGUAAUUUUUCUUGACCCAGGAACACUAGUGGCUCUGGGUUGUGAAUCUUACGCUUUUCUUUCAAAUUCUUUUGCAACAGUUUUACUGCAAAAUGUCCCAGAAAUCACCCUGAUGUCUUGUUGCCAAAUACCUUGGGGGGGGAGGGGGUGUCUCUCAGCAGGAGGGUUCAGCUGGUUUAGUUCAAGCCAUUCUCCAGGCACCGCUGGGAGCGUGUCGGAGUGAGCACAUGCUUUCCUGGUGACAUUUCUCUGUUCCAGGCAUUUGUGUAUUUCCACAGAUAUAGUGCAAGCUGAUUAUGAGGAAAGGCAAGACAAUAUGUAUAUUGUUCUCUGUAAAAAUUAUUGAAUUAACUGUAGAUUAUGUGAAUGUCCAGUGUCUUUUAUUUAUAUUCUUGCUCUCUCUCUGAUGAUCAAAUACUUCAAGAUUACAAAUAAAUUUGUCAGCUAAACUUUAAA